AUGCGCUCUUUCUCUUCUCACAAAAAGAAAAGAAUAAUGUUCGUGGCAUCGAGAACGACGACGAUGAGACAGUUGAUGGCAUCAUAUACGCGCGUGGUUUCUUCUGUUGCCAACGCUGAACGCACCGCUUUCGCCUCGUCCUCGUCGCCUUCAACUUUGGCGCCACGACAGCAAGAGGAGAUGUUGCGCAGUAAAACGAAUAGUUUUAGAAGAAGUUUUUUAAUGACGAGCAGUAGGAGCAACAACAAGGAGGAUGAAGAGGUGAAGUGCGACGCGAUCAGAGUGAGAAGAAGACGAAGAAAGACGACGACGAUUCCAACGCGCGGGUUCGCGGCGAAAUCUUCCGAUGAAGACCAAGAAGAACAAGAACAAGAACAAGAAACGACGACAGAUUUUGCAAAACUAGAUGGCGAUUCUGUCGGGAAAUACGUGCUGGUGAGCAAAUCGCAACUUCCUCUAGAUCAGUGUAAAGCAAUCGAGAGAGAGUUUGCGUUUACUGGUGCGAAUGGUUUGCUGUAUAGAAAGUGCGACGACGCGCUCAGAGAGGUCGUAGCUCGUCACGAGCAAGUGCACUUGAGAGGAUACCGAGGAAGUGGUAAAUCUGUCUCUCUCGCGAUGCUCGUAUUACGCGAACGCGCUUUAGGAUCUUUAGUCGUUUAUUUGCCUCGUGCAUCACACUUGGUGACGAGAAGUUCGUACCAGAAACACGGAGAAGGGGAGCAAGAGGAUCUUUGGGAUACGCCAGACGCCGCUCGAGUGUUUCUCCACGCCGUCGCGGCUGAGCCAAACGAAACGCUCUUGGGGAAGAUAAAAACGAGCGAUGGUAAACAAACCUUACUCGAAAUAGUUAAGUCUGGGUUAGAGAAAGGCGAUCAGCACGUCACGCAGAAUGCAAUUGACGUCGUAGAUGAGUUGGUGAAGCAAAAGGACGUUCGAGUCGUUUUCGCUUUUGACGAACACAAUGCGUUAUACGGGCCUUCGGAUAUGCACGAGGUGAAAGGCCCACGAUCGAGGAAAAAUAUACACACGGACAGAUUGCGGUUAGCGUUGAAGUUGCGCUCGUGCUUUCCAACGGCGAAUGGUGGCAGAUAUAUUGCGUGUGAUAGCACCACAGAUGUUGGGAGUUCGAAUCCAGUCUUCAAGAGUGAGGAUGAAAACGUUUUCGAUUUUGAGAUUCCAAAGUUCAACGUAGCCGAAACGUAUGCUUUAUUGAAACACUACGAGGAAGUUGGCAAAUGCUCGCGAGGGAUAAACAAGCAAAUUGCACUCGAGUUUAAAGCACUCACGAAUGGUAAGGUGAAGGAAAUACAAGAGUAUCUCAUGUUUCAAAACGCUUGA